CAGGCACCUGAACUCAGCUCCAGGGGACCAGGUAGGAGCAGUGCCAAAGCCCUCUGCUAGGGGCGAGCCUAGGGCUCCCUAGCUAAGCCCCCCACCCUUCUCUCUGCCAUUGUGUGGGGCCGGGAGGGAGGCCGAGACCUCCUCAGACAGGCGCUAGCCUCCUUGGAACUGGGAAGGAGACAGGAAUUACUGAGAAAGGAGCGGUGAACUCAGCCUCACCCUCUCCUCUCUUGGCAGGCAGUCAGGAAUCUCUGGUUUGGAUCUGGCUGUCCUUACCCACUUUGGAGGGCAGGGGCCACUGCAGGCCACCAACUGUCUGGCACACCCUACCCUACCUUUGUAGGCGAGCUGAGUUGAUUUCCCCUGCCCUCUUAUCUCCCUGUGUCCUGAGGUCUGUGAAAUCAGCAGGGAAUUCCUUAGUCCCCCGACUCCCCUGUACCUGCUGUGCCCUCCUUUGAGGUACCCACUAUUUCUCCAGACCAUGGCCAGCAUUGAUACCUUGGCACUCAGCUCCCUUGGCCCAUCCCCUGGCCCGUCCCCUGGCCCGUCCCCUGACCCAUCCCCCACCCCUGGCCCUGGCAGUGGUGACAUGGAAGUGGAAUGCUGGUUUGAUGAAGAAUUCAAGUUCGUUCUGCUCCCGGUGAGCUAUGCUGUGGUCUUCGUGUUGGGCCUGGGCCUCAACGUCCCCACCCUCUUCCUCUUUCUCUUCCGUCUUCACCCCUGGGAUGCCACGGCCACUUACAUGUUCCACCUGGCACUGUCUGACACCCUCUACUUGCUCUCGCUGCCGACCCUCAUCUAUUACUACGCGGCCCGCAACGAUUGGCCAUUUGGGACUGGUCUCUGUAAGUUCAUCCGUUUCCUCUUCUACUGGAACUUGUACAGCAGUGUCCUGUUUCUGACCUGUAUCAGUGUGCAUCGCUACCUGGGCAUUUGCCACCCACUGCGGGCCCUGCGCUGGGGCCGCCCACACAUCGCCAGCCUCAUCUGCCUGGCCGUCUGGUUGACCGUGGCCGCUUGCCUCGUGCCCAACCUCUUCUUUGUCACCACCAGCACGCGAGGGACCACCACCCUGUGUCAUGACACCACGAAGCCCGAGGACUUCGACCGCUACGUCCAUUUCAGUUCUGUAGUUAUGAUUCUGCUCUUUGGACUCCCCUUUCUGGUUACCCUGGUGUGCUAUGGCCUCAUGGCCCGGCGUCUGUGGCGGCCCCUGCCAGGUGCUGCCCACUCCUCCGCCCGCCUCCGCUCCCUGCGUACCAUUGCUGUGGUCUUGACUGUCUUUGCCAUCUGCUUUGUGCCCUUCCAUAUUACCCGUACCAUCUACUACCUGGCCCGCCUCUUGGAGGCGAAUUGUCAGACACUGGACAUCGUCAAUAUUACCUACAAGGUGACCCGCCCACUGGCCAGUGCCAACAGCUGCCUGGAUCCUGUGCUCUACCUCCUCACAGGGGACAAGUAUCGGCGGCAGCUGCAGCAACUCUGUUGCAAAAGGCCAAACCAGGCCCGUGCGGUCUCCUCCCUGGCGCUCGUAUCCCGGCCAGAGGAGAGCAGUUGCAGGUAAUCAUCAGCCUUCACUUGGAAAUCUCAAGUGGGACAGAGCAGCCCUCUCUUGGAACUGGACACUUGGAAUUGGCAGCGAGGUCUUCUUGGCAUAUCUGAAUGAUCUGUGAUUUCCUGGAUGUGUUUAUUUCCUCUGAUGGUGUACAUUUCAACCCAUCCUGAGCAACUCUAUCCAUACCCUCAGGGUUGUGGUUAAGCCUAACUCCUCUCUUCCCCUGGUCACAUUUCUGAGGUGCCACAUUCUGAGGUGCCACAUUCUGAGGUGCCACAUUUCUGAGGUGCCACAUUUCUGAGGUGCCACAUUCUGAGGUGCCACAUUUCUGAAAUGCCACAUUCUGAGGUGCCACAUUUCUGAGGUGCCACAUUCUGAGGUACCACAUUCUGAGGUACCACUGGAGCAUUCAGGCUUUCAUGGGAACAUCUAUUCAGAGAUGAAAAGGACCCUAGAGAUCAGUUAAUCUACCCCCACCCCUGCCAUUUUGCAGAUGAAGAGAGGGAGGGAAAUGACAUGGCCAAGGUCAUAUGACUAGGAAGUGGUAGUGUUGGGAUUUGAACACAGGGCCUCAGGACUCCACAUCCAGUUGGCUUUCUACUAUAUCACAAUGCUUCUCCCGCUUAUCCCAGACUUUAGACGUAUGACUACUCUAUCUUGCUGCUGGGGCCUCAUUUUCUCACCUUUGCCCUGUCUUCCACCAUAAUCCCCAGGUGGUCAUGGUAAAUGAUCUUGGGUCCCCUGCUCCCAGAUCCAAGGUUCAUCCUAUCAUGCUCUGGGUUAGUUCAUCUUUGCACUCUCAGCACUUUAACGGCUGGCACACAGUAUGUAUGGGAUCAAUGGACUGAGCUGGACUUAAUUCACUGGGGAAGGGAAAGUGAUGUGGUUUAUUACUUGUUCUCCCUCCCUCUUCCUCUCCUACUCUGCCCUCUCUCUGUCUCUGUCUCUUUCUUUCUCCCUCUCUCUUCUC